AGGAGGAGGAGGAGGAGAUAACGAGAGAAGUUUGACGCUUUGCACAAGACGAAUUUUUUUAAUCCUCGGGAUGUUUUAAAGUUUAGAAAAGCGACGUGUUUGAGUUAUUAAUUCGCCCGUGUCGUUGUUGUUGUUAGCGUUUGUUUUUGUUUUGUUUUGAUUUUUAUUAUUAUUAUUAUAAUUAUUUUAUUUUUAUUUUUUUCAUAAAGCUUUCUACGCCUGACCACGACACGUUUACUUUAUUCUUCUAAAACGGAAAAAUGAGGCUCGGAUAUCUGAAAACAAGCGUCUGUGGAUGGAAGAGCUGAACAUUUGGACCGUCCCGGCUUCCCUUUUCACUAAGUGACGCUUAGCCGAGCGAGCUAGUCGUUUUUAGCCCUGACCCGAACCUGGAGGACACACAGACUCGGACUCGGUCUGCAAACAUAUCCUCACAACUCCUGCGUGUUUACACUCGGAUUUCAUGUCGAAGCGUUUAAGUUUAACCGCCUGACACUUUGGGAGUCCUACAGAACCGACCGACCGACCGACCGACCAUGCCGGUCAGGAAGAAAGAUGCUCAGCGGGCUCUGUUGCUCUUGGAGGAAUACCGGACGAAACUCAACAACACAGAGGACCGACAGCUGAGGCACUCCAUCCAGAGAGUCAUCGACAUCUUCCAGAGUAACCUCUUCCAGGCACUCAUAGAUAUCCAGGAAUUUUACGAAGUGACCUUAUUGGAUAAUCAGAAAUGCAGCGGCGAGUCGACCAAAGGAAGCUCCGGGCCGACCGCCAUGAACCUGUGGGACUUCUCCAGCCUCCAGAGUCCAACGGGGACAUCAGACACCAUGCCCAGCAUCAGCACCAGCAUAGAGAAGUACAAACACCACGAUGAGGACGGCUCUCCCCAAGAGCAGAGCUCGCCUCCGCUCACCGACGAUACGCCGGGCCCCGAGCUCGUCCAGGUCGCCGAGAAGAACAUCUCGCAGAUUGAAAAUGUCCAUGGCUACGUGGCCCACGCUCACAUCUCCCCCAUGAAGGUUGAGUCUCUGGAGUGCAUCUUCGACGGGCCGCCCACGGUGGUGAGCGAGGAGAGCCCUCUCCUCAGCCCCUCCACCCCAUACCAGCAGACAGAUGUCACCCCUCCCUCUUCUCCCAUAAUCCCCGUGAUCCCAAUCUCGCCUGUCCCCGCGGAGGCCGCCGUCAUCCCUUCACCGACGUCACAGGCGAAUCCUCCUCCUGUCGUGGUGAACACGGAUAGCCUGGAUUCAGCCCCCUAUGUGAAUGGCACAGAAGCGGACUAUGAGUACGAGGAGAUUACGCUGGAGAGGGCAAAUUCUGGGCUGGGCUUCAGCAUUGCAGGUGGCACAGAUAACCCUCACAUCGGAGAAGACCCCAGCAUCUUCAUCACCAAAGUGAUCCCAGGGGGCGCCGCUGCUCAGGACGGGAGACUUCGGGUGAACGACGUCAUCCUGCGUGUCAACGAGGCGGACGUCCGGGAUGUGACCCACAGCAAGGCGGUGGAGGCUCUAAAGGAGGCCGGAUCGCUGGUCAGACUGUACGUCAGGAGGAGAAAAUCCGUCUCGGAGAAGAUAGUCGAGAUCAAACUGGUUAAAGGACCCAAAGGUCUGGGAUUCAGUAUAGCAGGAGGUGUGGGCAAUCAGCACAUACCAGGAGACAACAGCAUCUACGUCACCAAGAUCAUCGAAGGAGGUGCAGCACACAAAGACGGCAGGCUGCAGAUCGGAGACAAACUCCUAGCUGUGAACAGUGCGUGUCUGGAGGAGGUGACCCAUGAAAAUGCCGUGACUGCCUUGAAAAACACUACAGACGUGGUGUAUCUGAAAGUGGCCAAACCCAACAGUGUCUUCAUGAACGACAGCUUUGCCCCUCCUGACGUCACUAACUCUUAUUUCCAACACAUGGAGAACCACAUUAACACCCCCAACUACCUGAACCAGUCGCUCCCGCCGCCCUCCUCCGGACGUUUCUCCCCUACACCCAAGAGCCCUCUCGGGGAUGACGACGCAUUGAGAGAGCCAAGGAAAGUGGUGCUGCACCGUGGAGCCACAGGUCUGGGUUUUAACAUCGUAGGUGGAGAGGACGGAGAGGGAAUUUUCAUCUCCUUCAUUCUAGCAGGCGGUCCUGCCGAUCUGGGCGGAGAGCUGAGGAAAGGAGAUCGUCUCAUCUCGGUGAACGGAGUGGACUUACGCAGUGCUACACAUGAACAGGCAGCAGCUGCUCUCAAAAACGCCGGACAGACCGUCACCAUCAUCUCCCACUUCAGACCAGAGGAAUACAGCCGUUUCGAAGCAAAGAUCCAUGACCUGCGGGAACAAAUGAUGAACAGCAGUAUCAGCUCCGGGUCCGGUUCUCUGAGGACCAGUCAGAAGAGAUCACUAUACGUCAGGGCGUUAUUCGACUAUGAUAAAACCAAGGACUCUGGCCUCCCCAGUCAGGGCCUGAACUUUAAAUUUGGUGACAUCCUACACGUGGUGAACGCCUCCGACGAUGAGUGGUGGCAGGCGAGACAGGUCACCGCCAAGGGCGAGGUCGAAGAGAUGGGAGUCAUCCCCAGCAAAAGGAGAGUGGAGAAGAAGGAGAGAGCGAGAUUAAAAACAGUCAAGUUCAACUCUAAAUCGCGAGAGAAAGGGCAGUCCCUCAAUGACAAGCGUAGAAAGAACCUCUUUUCCCGAAAGUUCCACUUCUACAAGAAUAAGGAGACGAGCGAGCAGGAAACGAGCGAUGUGGACCAGCAUGUGACCUCUAAUGCCAGUGAUAGUGAAAGUAGUUACCGCGGCCAGGAGGAAUACGUACUGUCCUACGAGCCUGUGUGUCAGCAAGAAGUGAACUACACUCGUCCAGUCAUCAUCCUGGGGCCGAUGAAGGACAGAGUUAAUGAUGAUCUGAUCUCCGAGUUCCCUGACAAAUUUGGCUCCUGCGUUCCUCAUACGACGCGGCCGAAGCGGGACUACGAAAUGGACGGCCGUGAUUACCAUUUCAUGGUGUCUCGAGAGCAGAUGGAGCGAGACAUCCAGGAGCAUAAGUUCAUCGAGGCGGGCCAGUACAACAACCACCUUUACGGCACCAGCGUGCAGUCUGUACGCGAAGUGGCAGAAAACGGUAAACACUGCAUCCUCGACGUAUCGGGAAACGCCAUCAAGAGACUGCAAGUUGCUCAGCUCUUCCCCAUCGCCAUCUUCAUCAAACCAAAAUCAGUGGAGAACAUCAUGGAGAUGAACAGGAGGCUGACAGACGAGCAGGGCAAAAAAACCUUCGACAGAGCCAUGAAGCUGGAGCAGGAGUUCACCGAGCACUUCACAGCCAUUGUCCAGGGAGACACAUUGGAAGAGAUUUACGAUCAAGUCAAGCAGAUCAUCGAGGAGCAGUCUGGACCAUACAUAUGGGUACUAUCCAAGGAGAAACUAUGAAGUGCUGCGAAGUGAAGUCCGUUCUUCCUUCUUUUCUGUUUUAUUUAUUAUUCUACUUUUCUCCGUAAUUUUUUUUUUUCCCCCUCAACAAUUUAUUUGCUGAUUCCUGAUUCAGUCUGGCCCCGUUCUCGGUUCACAGCGACACUUCGGGAGGUGUCCCACAGGGCUGGGUGCGCAGGCCGUCUCCUCUCCCGUCACCACUGCUUCCGGGUUUUACACAGAGAGAGGGGAGACGCGCUCGCUCCGAGCCUAACGUCCAUUCGCAGGACUUUGGAAACGGUACAGUUCCUUAAUGUUUAAGGGAGGAUACUUUUUACAGAAGAAGAGAUACAUGGACUGAGCUGGAUCCUUUCUUUUCCUUUUUUUCCUCAUCGUGUAUGAUGUUGAUACGGACGUCCAAUCUCAGGCAUCAGAAUCAUAAAAUAGCAGAAAAAAUAUAUUACUAAAGCAAAACUUUGCACGUUAUAGCUUUAACAGCGUGUCUUCUCUGACCUUCAGUUUUCUCCUUUGUUCUUUCCGCCAUACUUUCAUGUUUAUGGUUUAUCAUACUUUUUUUUUCGUUACACUUUCUGUUAAUUGUCUAUAUUAUUCGGGAGGUUUAUUUUUUUGUUUUGUUUUUGUUUUGGACCACAAUGCAUUUGUACAGCAUCGAGUCAAGUGCAGUCAUUAACUCAAGACUUUUUUUUUUUUUUUUGGUUUGUUUUUUCGGGACACGUUUUCUCCAGAGUGUCUUACAUACAGAACAUCACUUUUACUUUAGAUUUAUUUUUCACAUAGGGAAGUCUGCCAUUUGUAAGGAACUGCCAUUUUACGAGAUGUCCGCGUACAUCUGUGGCUUAAAAUGCCAACGUGUAGCUGAAAGAAAAUUUAUUGUACAAUGAAAUCUUAACAGAUAUUUAACCCUCCAUGAACUGCCUAUUUUGUUAUAAUAAAAGUCUAUAGUAAACUUUACUUAAGCACUAGUACUGCAGGAGUUAUUUUCUUUACAUUGUAAGACAUGAAACGAGGAACGAGGAAUUUUUCAAAGGCUUAUAAUGCGGAUAUAUAUUUUUCCCUUCUUUUUCGUUGGCCUUCUUUAUUUUUCUUCCACUGACGCAGCGUACUAACCGACAUGAAGUGAGGCGUGUCACUGUGAAGAGCCAACGCUCUCACACCGUCUUUACCUCCGUCUGAGCUCUGUCGUUCCUGCGUGCUCUGUAAACCUCUGUGUCGUGCGGAAGAUUCCGGGUCUGCGGCGUUCCCACGCGUCUUUCUGUCCGUCUCGGACGCUCGGAGUCGGAAACGUACAGGACCAAAACCCCUGCUUUUCCGAAGCCGCCCGGGGAGGGCGCUCUCUGCCUGCUCUUCUCACCCCCGGGGUUGUUUUGUAUACCGAGACUGCUCGGUCUGCCACUUCACCGCCUCUGCUUUAUAGGGACACUUUGGGACUGAAAAAUAAAUCCAUGUAAAUAACCGUACUGAUCUGAUUCAUUCCAUUAAUCCGAACAAACCGGAGGAGGGGCAGCGGUUGAAUUCAACAAAUAAACCAGUUUCUCAUACAGAA